AAACUGAAUACGCAAUCACGUUUAACAUUGAGAUUUACAAUGCCAGACAGGGAACAAAGGAAAACUCAUAUCUUAAAUACACGUGGAUAAUCAGGGAGAACAGAAGCAAGGUUUGAUGAACUAAUUAACAAACUAGGUGACCAACUAGGAAAACAUGAACACUGAAACUAAACAGAUAUGUCAGUGCAUGUUGCUUUCAGUUAAAACAGCUCAAACAUACAUUUUAGUCUGGGACUAGGCUUAAAGGGUUAGUUCACCCAAAAAUUAAAAUUCUGUCAUCAUUUACUCACCCUCAUGUCAUUCCAAACCCGUAAAGACUUUUGUUCAUCUUCAGAACACAAAUUAAGGUAUUUAAUGAGAGUUUUCUGUCCUUCCAAUGACAGCCUACGCAACUACCACUUUGAUGCUUCAAAAAGCUAAUAAAGAGAUCUUAGAUCCUAGACCCUGUAACAAGUGUUUCACAACUGUCAUCAUAUUAAACGAUCAAGAUCAAGACUAAACCACGCAAUUCAUAUGGAUUCGUUUUACAAUAUCUUUAUUAAUGUUUUGAAGCGUCAAAAGUGUGUUGCAUAGGAUGUCAUUGGAGGGACAGAAAGCUCUCAGAUUGAUGAACAGAAGAUGAACAAAAGUCUUAAGGGUUUGGAAUGACAUGAUUGUGAGUAAAUGAUGACAGAAUUUUCAUUAGUUGGUGAACUAACCCUUAGUCUUGAGAGAAACUGGGGGAAAAUGUCAUAAAGUGUAAUUUCAUAGACAUUUCAUACAUAAUCUCUUACCAUAUCUACCAUAGAUGUUUGAAAGGGGGGAUUUCAUGAAAAUGCAAAAGUUUCAUUUUUGCAAAUGGAACUCAGCAAGAACAGAGAACAUAAAGCCAAUUUAAUAAAAUGACUGGCAUUUGAGUUGAAUUCAGUUUUGCAUUUACACAGAUGACAUGAGUGCAAAAUGUGAAUUUAAGCAGCAUUUACCUCCUAAGCUUGGUUUGUCAUAGGAAGAUUACAGUAGCUCUUUUGAAAAAUACAUCACUGCAGACUGUUUUAAAAUGCCGGGGAGCUGGAACAAAGAGAAGAGAAAAAAAAAAAACCUUUUUCGACCUUCAUUUUCUGAAGUCUUUUUCAUUCAGGUACAUUAAAGCACUUCAAUUCAUAAAUAAAGAAGCAGUUAUGUUACUAACACAAAAACCUUUGUGUUUUCGUCCAGCAGGUGGAGACAGAAGUGUUUUGACUGAAGGAUGGAGGGCUCUGGCUGGCAAGGUGGAGAAGAGCCACCUGGAAGCCACGUGUAUGAGGUGACGGUGGUCCAAAACAGCACGGCCCCUCACAGCUUUCCCUUCGCAGACGUAGCCCUGCUGCAGACCUUCAAGCCGCUCAUCAUCCCCUGUUACGUUCUUGUGCUGCUGGUGGGCGUCUUUGGCAACUACCUUCUGAUUUACGUCAUCUGCCGCACGAGGAAGAUGCACAACGUCACCAACUUCUUCAUCGGUAACCUGGCCUUCUCGGACAUGUUGAUGUGUGUGACCUGCGUCCCCUUCACGCUGGCCUACGCCUUCAGCCCUCACGGAUGGACGUUCGGACGCUUCAUGUGCUACCUGGUGUUCUUGAUCCAGCCUGUCACUGUAUACGUUUCUGUUUUCACUCUCACAGCCAUUGCCGUUGACAGGUAUUAUGCUACAGUUCACCCUUUGAAGAAGCGAAUCUCAAUGGCGGCUUGUGGUUACAUACUGUCUGGGAUCUGGCUGCUGUCGUGUGUGCUAGUCGCUCCCGCUGUGGCCCACACGUAUCAUGUAGAGUUCAGAGAAGAGGGUCUGACCAUCUGUGAGGAGUUCUGGUUGGGCCAGGAGACCCAGCGGCUGGUGUACGCCUACAGCACACUGCUACUGACCUACAUCCUCCCUUUAUCCGCAGUCUGUGUCUCUUACUUCUGCAUCUCCGUCAAACUCCGUAACUGCGUGGCCCCCGGACACCGCACGCGGGACCAGGCCGAGGCCCAGCGUGCACGCAAGCGUAAGAUAUUCAGGCUGGUGUCUCUAGUGGUGGCGGCGUUCGCCGUCUGCUGGCUGCCCAUCCAUGUGUUCAAUGUGCUGCGUGACAUCGACAUCCACCUCAUCGACAAGCGGCAUUUCCUGUUGAUCCAGUUGUUGUGUCAUCUGUGCGCCAUGAGCUCGUCCUGCUGCAACCCGUUCCUGUAUGCGUGGCUCCACGACCGCUUCCGUGCAGAACUGCGCAAGAUGUUCACCUGCCACCGCCGCAUCGGCAUACCCGCCAACCAAUGCGCGACAGCGAGCGUCGUACUAUGAUAUCACUGUGGGCAUCAGAAUAGCUGAAAACUCAGGAGUGCAAUUUAUUAAAGGCCAACAAAAUGUAAAUACAAGAAAAAACAUGAUGAAUGGAAACACUUGAGGCCCAAAUAUGCUCAUGGCGAAGUUUAAAGUUUCAUUCUUCACUUAGGGGUAAAAUUUAUACAGCUAGUGAACAUCUCAAUUGAAGUGGAGAAGUCAUCAAAGAAAGUUGAGUCUCAGAGCCACACCUACCUAUUGUGUAAACACCACGGACCAAUGGGAGUUCAAAGGCGUUUGCCAGCUGGAACAAACUUUUCCGGAAAGUUGCUUUGGCAAGUUGUUUCAAACUCCCGAAACGAACUCCAGAUUAACUUAGUUUUAGCCUGAUUUUGUUCAAAAUAAUGUCACACCAGUUUGUUCUUCAGUUUCACUUGAAGUAUAUCAAGGUCUUAAAGGUGCCGUAGAACGUCUUUUUAAAAGAUGGAAUGUAAGUCUAAUGUGUCCCCUGAAUGUGUCUGUGAAGUUUCAGCUCAAAAUACCUCAUAGAUUUUUUAUUCAGUUUUU